ACUUCACUUGAAAUUAGACACUUUCGAAAGAAAAUUAUACAAGAAAAAUUAGUUUUAGAGCUUAAAUACUAUGACGGACCAAGCGUUAGACGAUAACGUUUCUGAAAUCGACGAAGAGGAAAGUUAUUUUCAAGACGUUGAUAUCUUGCAAAAACACGGCAUCAAUGUAGCCGACAUAAAAAAACUAAAAGCUUCAGGAAUAUGCACCAUCAAAGGUAUCCAAAUGUCUACAAAGAAGAAACUAUGUAACAUAAAAGGAUUUUCGGAUACAAAGGUUGAAAAAAUCAAGGAAGCGUGCCAAAAAGUCGUUACCUUGGGAUUUAUGACUGCAUUAGAAGUAAGCGAUAAAAGAAAACAAGUUUUUAAAAUCAGCACUGGAAGCACUGAACUAGACAAACUACUGGCAGGUGGAAUAGAAUCAAUGGCGAUAACAGAAGUAUUUGGUGAAUUUCGAACAGGAAAAACACAAUUAUCCCAUACAUUAUGCAUAACUACUCAAAUUCCAAAUUCAAGUGGUUACCAUGGAGGAAAAGUAAUGUUCCUUGAUACUGAACAUACCUUCCGACCUGACCGACUUCGGCCCAUUGCAGAUAGAUUCAACCUAGACCAAAAUGCAGUCCUAGACAAUGUCCUAUACGCUAGGGCAUAUACCUCAGAACAUCAGGCCGAGCUUCUAGACUACGUAGCGGCGAAGUUCCACGAAGAGGCAGGGGUGUUCAAGCUGCUGAUUAUCGACUCCAUCAUGGCGCUGUUCCGGGUCGACUUCUCCGGGAGAGGCGAGCUAGCUGACCGACAACAAAAGCUGGCACAAGUGCUAUCUCGGUUACAAAAGAUAUCCGAAGAAUACAACGUCGCUGUUUUUAUCACAAACCAAAUGACAUCUGAUCCCGGAGCAACGCUUUCCUUUCAAGCCGAUCCCAAGAAACCUAUAGGAGGAAACAUCCUAGCCCACGCGUCUACGACUAGAAUAUCACUCAGAAAAGGUCGCGGUGAGAACCGGAUUGCCAAAAUAUACGACUCUCCCGAUCUGCCUGAAAGUGAGGCUACGUUUGCUAUAACCAAUGGUGGUGUUUCGGAUGCUAAAGAUUAAUUUAAUUUUCUACAUAAUAUAUUUUUUUAUUUA